GCGGGUAAUUUUGACACUUCAGUGUAUUUCGUUUUAUUUUCUUUUAAUAAUACAUCCAAAAUUCCAAAACAGACUUAAUUAUAUUAUACACCAAAUAAUUAAAUAAUAACAGGCGUUACAUGUAUAUUAUUAUACAUAAUUAGACAACAAUAUAUUCAAAAUGGAUCCGUACGAAAUAGAGUUUAUAGGUGAAAACAGAAUCAUAAGCAUCAUACCAAACUUUUCGUACGACAAAAUCUAUUUGAUUUGUGGCGAAUUCGGACCAUUUCGGGCUGGUUUACCAUUAAAUGUCCCUCUGUGGCUGGCUAUAAUGUUGAAACAAAAGCAAAAAUGUCGGAUCGUACCGCCAGAUUGGAUGGAAAUGGAUAAUUUAGAGAACCUUAAGGAGGAAGAGAAACGUUCCAGAUUCUUCACAAAAAUGCCCAAUGCACACUAUAUGGUGGAAGCAAAAUUGAUCCUCGGAGCAGCUGGUGAUGAUAUUCCCAACUCGGCUGAAAUAAAGACAAUCAUCAAAGAUAUCUGGGACAUCCGCAUGUCAAAACUCAGAACGUCCAUGGAUGCAUUGAUGAAGUCGGGAGGCAGUUACGGCCGACUGGACCACUUGACCAUGAUGGAGAUCAACUCGGUGAAGCCACUAUUACCUGCUGCUAUGGAUGAUCUUCUUAGAAUACAAAUGAUGGCCAAGAAACCAGCGCCUGCAAGUCUCAAUAACUCAACAUUCAGUCAGUCUGGCAAUUCACAGAAUGUGUAAAUGUAAGAUUGUAAUUUAUGUAAUAUAUAAUCUAUGUUCUAUAUAA